GUGAAAGUGAAAUGAGUCCAGAAGAACUCUGGUUGCAACGGAUUUCGCCUAUUGUGAGAGCGUGACAACUGCCUUGAAAAAGAACUAUAUACUUCUGCCUACCUCAGAUGAGCUUUGGGCACUGGAAUAAAGGACAAAGUAAACAGUUUUUUAUCAUGGAUUGCCAAGAAAAUGAGUACCGGGACCAAUGGGGGCACUGUGUCACCUGCCAACAGUGUGGCCCUGGACAGGAGCUCUCCAAGGACUGUGGUUAUGGAGAAGGUGGAGAUGCUUACUGCAUAGCCUGUCCUCCCCGAAAGUAUAAAAGCACCUGGGGACAUCACAGGUGUCAGACUUGCAUCACCUGUGCUGUCAUCAAUCGGGUCCAGAAGGCCAACUGCACAAAUACCUCUAAUGCUAUCUGUGGAGACUGUAUGCCCAGGUUCUACCGAAAGACACGCAUUGGGGGCCUGCAGGACCAAGAAUGCAUCCCAUGUACAAAGCAGACUCCUUCUUCUGAGGUUCAGUGUACCUUCCAGUUGAGCUUAGUGAAGGUAGAUGCACACAAUGUUCCUGGUAAAGAAGCCACACUUGUUGCACUGGUGGGCAGUCUGCUGGUGGUGUUUGCAUUAGCCUUCCUUGGACUCUUCUUCUUCUACUGCAAGCAGAUCUUCAACAGACAUUGUCAAUGUGGAGAUUCGUUGCCAUAUGAGGCUGAAAAGGCAGUGGAGGAUGAUUCUAUUUUCCCCAUGCCACCUGGCCAGGAGACAAGUCCUGAACUUCCAGUGAAUGAGAGCAUCUUUGAGAUCAAGCCAAUUAACGCCAUUCUGGAUGACGACUGCAGCUCCACUCGUGGCUUCCCCACCCAGGAGUCUUUUACCAUGGCCUCCUGUGCCUCCGAGAGCCAUUCUCAAUGGGUUCAUACCCCCAUUGAAUGUACAGAGCUGGACCUGCAAAAGUUUUCCAGCUCUGCCCCUUGUACUGGAGCUGAAACCUUGAGGGAGAACACAGCUGAAAGCUCUGGAGACAAGCUGGGGCUCCAUGCACCUUUUGAAGUUCCCAGCCUUUGACUCUACUGAGGUCUCUUUCACUCUUGGCAACCUUGCCAGUGGUUGUUGCUGGACUUUCCUGCUCUUCUAUUCAACACCAAUAGCGUGGGCCUGGGAUGUAGGCCCACAAUAACCAGUACUCUAAAAAUGGGGUAUUCAGAGCCACUAUCCUAUCAGAGGUUUAAAGCCCCCUCGUUUCCCCAAGACUGACCUUGAACAUUUAUUGUUUUUUAAAUUUUAGUCUGGGGACCCAGAAUCCAUAGGCAUGGGACUGCUGGGCAUGCUAUUUCUAUUUAAUUAAUUAUGGAAGUGGGGGAAAUAAUGAUGAACAAGGUAAAGUUUUUCUGCCUGUA